AUGAAACUGCUUACCCUCCUUGUCGCCGGCGCUGCUCUGCCGCUCAUCUCAGCCGCCCCCGCGUCCACGGCCAUCGUCGAGGAUACCUCCUCCGUCGACGCGGAUGCUUCGGUGGCCGCCACCCUCGCCCUCAGCACAAAAACAUUUACCCAGCCAAGUGCCCCCCAGAACGUCAACGAAGCGCCCCCAGAACCGUCGGUCCCAGAGAGCCCCAGACCGUCCUCCUCCUACACGGCAAGAACUUCUGCGGCCCGACCUGGUACGCGGCCGCCACCCUUUGCAAAAGGCCGGGUACCGGUCAUCCUACCCGAGCAGCUCGGCUUCUGCAAGUCGACCAAGCCGACGCAGUACACCUUUGACCUGGAGGGCCUGGCGACCAACACGCGCAACCUGCUCAAGGCGCUGGGCGUCACCAAGCCGCCCAUCGUCAUCGGCCACUCGCUCGGCGGCAUGCUGGCCUCGCGCUUCGCGCUGACGUACCCGGAGUUUACCAAGUCGUUGGUGCUGGUCAGCCCGAUCGGUUUGGAGGACUGGAAGCAGCUUGGCGUGCCCGACCGCUCGUUCGAUCUGUUGGCGAACGAUGAGAAGACGACGACGUAUGCCUCGCUGAGAGGGUACGAGCAGGCGACGUACUACCCCGGCGCCGAGUGGACAGAGGACUUUGACAAGUGGGUGGUGAUGCUGACCAAGGUGUACGAGGGCGACCAGAAGGAGAAGUUCUGGGCAGACCAGGCGCGUGUGGUUGAGAUGGUGUUGGGACAGCCGACCAUUCACGAGUACAAGAAGAUCAAGCCCAAGACGUUGUUGGUGAUUGGCGAGAAGGAUAACACAGCUAUUGGCAAGGUGUGGUCGCCGCCCGAGGUGCAGGCGAAGCUCGGUAACUAUGCUGUCUUGGGACGCAAGGCGCAGGCGGCGAUUCCUGACGCUACGCUGGUGUCGUUCCCGUAUCUUGGACAUGCUCCUCAGAUUCAGGACCCGGAGAUGUUCAACCGUAUCCUGUCGAGCUGGGUUAGCGACGGCGGUCGCAGCCUGGGGUCGCUCAAGCUGAAUGCCACCAUCAUUAGGUAG